AUGUUUUUUCAUUUUAUCUCUGGCACUUAAUUGAUAAUUCUUAUUCAUUAAGUUGUAGCAAAUUGGAGGCUUAUUGAUUAAAGUUUUUUAGAGAUCCAAAUUGCAAACAAUAAUUGGAAAUUAGGAGAGAGAUGUUCUGAUAAUGAUAAUUAUUCAAUUUCAUACUCUACUUGUAGUGUGAAUUAACUACAAUAUAUAAAGUUAAACUAAAAUCGACAAUAUUUAUACAAAUUAUUUCGUUUUAAGAUUUUCCAGGCUAGAUUAAUAUUUGAUGUCUUUUAUGAUGAUGCUGAUAAUUCUCAAGAUUCAGACUUAGAAGUUAGUUAUUAUAGCAAUUAAGUUUCUGAUAAUGAUAUAAAAUUGUAUUAACGACGUUAUAAGAAAUCUGAUUUGAAUUAGAACAGUGCUCGAAUUUGUCAUAGUAGUUGGGGUGAUUUUGAAUCCAAAACUAUUGUAAGUACUGUUGUUAGUUCUAAUACGAACAAAUUUACAAUAAAAUUUUGUUUUAAUCCAGAAAAUGAAGAUAUGGUGGUAGGGAUUAAAAAUGUAUUAAUUUACGUAAAUACUUGUCAUCCAACUUGUUUAACUUGUAACGGUCCUACAGAGACUGACUGUUUAUCAUGUUUUGAUAUUUAAAGUGUAUAAGGAGGGAAAUGUAUUUGCAUACCGGAUCAAUAAUUUUCUGAAACAUAUAUAGGAUGUCUGUAAGAAUGUAGUAGAGAAAAUUCAAUUGCGCGUUUUGAUAAAAUAUGUGUGAAUGAUACUAGAAUAAAGGCAAAUUUUACUCUAUUCUAAGAUGCACAAAUCCCUCUAUCAAAUCAAAGAUAUUUUCCUUUGAUUUAUCAAUAAGAUGAUUUUAAUCAAAAAAACUCAGAUUUAGUAUAUGAGAAUUGUAAUGGAAUUGAUUUUAUUGGAAAAUUUUAAUUUAAUGAAGGAAUGAUAUACUAAAUGAGUUUUGAAAAUGCUGUUAAAUUUAUUAGAAUUAGGAUUACAUUUUAUAUGUUUAAUUUCUAUGAGACAAGCAAUAUUGAAAUCUUACACAAUAAUCAAAUUCAAUCUAAAAUAAUAAAAUAUUCAUCUGAUUUCUAGGUUGAAAAUUCAUUGAAAAUAUUUGAGAAGAAUCAAAUCUGUAAUGAUAAUAGUUACACAUUGUUAAGGGUAGAGACGACUUUUUAAUUAUUUAAUCCUAAUCCAAUUAUUUUAAUUAAAGGAUAAACUCAAUAUAUAAAUGAAUCUUGGGGAUUUAGAAAUGUUACUGUGGACACUGGUUUUUGUUAAGAAAAUUGUUUAAUAUGUUCUGAUUUUUAUACUUGCACAUAGUGUUCUACAACAUAUUAAUUAUAUAAAAAUAAAUGUGUUCUGACUUGUCCUAUUCAUUCAUCAAAUUGUAUUGAUUAUGAAGAUAUUGUUCCAUGUAAAUUAUUAUUAGAUUAUUUUUAGAUUCUAGAUACAUUGCCAAAGGAUUUUAUGAUUUAAAUAUGACACUUGAUGAGAUUCAAUCAUUUUAUGAUACUACAACAGAUCCAUCUUCUAUUUAAUCAUCAAGUUAAAAAUUUUCUUUUUUGAAUAAUAAAAUAGUUUUAGGAGGUUUAUUAGUAUGGAAUGAUGGGUCCUAUAUCAAAACAUGGUCUAUCUCAAAACCUCAUUAUGCAGCCUCAAUUUAUUUUAAUUUAACUUAUGGAGAUGGUUAUACUGGAUCAUUUUCAUAUAAGAUAGGUGCUUCUUCAAGUAGUUAAUGGUCAGCACUUUUUAGUAAACUAGUAGGAGGAUAAAAUUUGGUUGGUCGUACUGAUCUUGAAAGCACUCGUUACUUUAAUAUAAGUUUAACAAACUUUUAAUCCAAUAAUCUUUAUGUUGAAUUUAAAUGUGAUGUUGCAACUGCAAAUAUAACAAAGGAAUUUUGUGCAAUAUCUGAAUACUUCAUUGUUAUUCAUUAUGUAUAUUAUUUAUUAUUAUUGUAAAGUGUCCUCCUUUUUGCUCUAGCUGUACAAGUUUGUCCACAUGUUUAGAUUCGGGAUAUACUGGCCAAAAUUGUGAUAAUAAUUAAUAUUUAGACUUUAAUCCAUUAACUGAAACUUAUAGUUGUAUAGAUUGUAAUUAAUCUGGAUGCUAUUCAUGUACAAGUUAAGAAGAAUGCACUUAAUGUGUUAGUAAUUAGUUUUAUUUGACAAAUGGACUUUGUUUGUGUAAUCCAUUUACAUAUUUAUAAGGAAAUAAUUGUUUUUAAUGCAAUAAAUAUUGUGAAAAUUGUUAUGGUAAUUCAUAAUUUAAUUGUCUUACUUGUGUAAGAGAUUAUAAUAGAAGUAUUCAAAAACAUUAAUGUUAAUGUUUACCUGGAUAUUAUGAUGAUGGAAUAAAUUUACCAUGUCUUCCUAUUUGUGGAGACUUAUUAAGAGUAGAAGGAGAAGAUUGUGAUGAUGGAAAUAAUAAUCCAUUUGACGGUUGCCAUAAUUGUAAAUUUAGUUGUAAUUUUGCUUGCGAUAUUUGUUUAAAUGGAAAGUGUUAUCAAUGUAAAAGUGGAUAUGAAGUUUAUAAUAAUGAUUGCCGCUCUAAUUGCUUAGGAAAUACAAUUACAUUACUCUAAUAAUGUAAUGAGGAUUAAAAAAACUGCUUUAAUUGUCAAUAAAAAUGCCCUCUUAAUUGUAUAGAUUGCCUUUUUGGAAGUUGUAUUUAAUGUGAUGAAGAUCGAGGAUGGUACAUUUAAAUAGAUGGAACAUGCAAUUCUAUUUGUGGAGAUGGAAUUGUAUCACAUGAUGAAUAAUGUGAUAAUGGUAAUUUAUUAUCUGAUUUUUAAUGUGUCAAUUGUAAAUUAUAAUGUUAAGAAGAAUGUACAACAUGCGUUAAUGGAGAAUGUUAUCAAUGCAUUUAAGCAGGAUGGCAAUUAAAUGAUCUUGAUAGGAACUGUUAACCUAUUUGUGGUGAUUUAUUAGUAUUAGGAAAUGAAUAAUGUGAUGAUGGAAACUACUUAGAUAAUGAUGGAUGUGAUAACUGCAAAUUUCAACUUUAAGAGUAAUGUAGUCUUUAUGAUAAUGGUUAAUGCAGAGUAUGUAAUGUUGAAGGAUGGGAACUUACUAUUUAUAGAUGCUCUACAAUAUGUGGAGAUUAAUUAAUAUUAGGUACAGAAGAAUGUGAUGAUGGGAAUCUUAUUCCUUAUGAUGGAUGUUAUGAAUGCAAAUUUUCAUGUGAAGAAUAAUGUACUUUAUGUGAAAAUGGAGUUUGUUAAGCUUGUCUCAAGCCAGGAUGGAUUAUUAAUCAACAGAACGUAUGUACUAUUUAAUGUGGAGAUGGAAUAGUUAUUGAUCCAUACGAAUAGUGUGAUGAUGGAAAUGAUAUUCCGUAUGAUGGUUGUUAUUAGUGUGAAUUUUAAUGUUCUUAAGGUUGUAUUGAAUGUCAAUAAGAAUAAUGUAAGAAAUGUGAUUAUUUAUAUCAUUUGGAUAUUUAAACAGCCUAAUGUCUAAAGAAAAAUAUCCUAGAUGAUUAUAAUAAUGAUUAAUUUGUUAAGAUGUAGCUUAUAUAAUAAACAAAUCUAAGAUGUGGAGAAAAUCAAAUGUUAAUCGAUCAUGUAUGUAAUAAUUAAUGUGGAAAUGGAAUAAUAAUGAAUUAAGGAAUGUGAUGAUGAAAAUAAUUAUGGAGGAGAUGGAUGUUCUAAUUUAUGUCAUAUAGAAGAUUCAUUUCAAUGUAUGAAUUAAUAGGACUCAUUAAGUUUAUGCACAUAUAUUUUAGCUCCUGAAUUUAAUUUGAAUAUUCAAUCUGAUAAAACUUAAUAAACAUAAAUUGUUGAGUUAACAUUCACUUAAUAAGUAAAAUUGAAAGAAGCUCUAAAUUUAGAAGAAAUCAUGGUAUUUAAUAUAAUUCCAGCUACUCGAUAUCAUUUAACUACAAGCUUUAUUACAAAUUUAACAAUAUCCUUAAACAAUCCCAAAUAUAUAAUUUAUAUUGAAUUUUUUGAACCUAUAUAUGACCCAAUUUUACAAGUUGACAUACAAAAAAAUACUAUAAUCAAUCAAUAUGAAUUAAACUUAUAGAAUAAUAAUAAAACUGUUAAUCUUGGCACUCCUUUUGUUCUCUCAGAAACUACUAAAUUAUAAUUAACAUCUAUCGUAUAAUUAAAUGAUGUCAUGAUGUAUUCUAUGGCUGGAGUAUCAAGUUUGGCUUUGGUAACAGGAAAUGCAAUUAUGUUUUUUAAUUUAUUAGAGCUAUUGUAGUCAUUAUCUUAUGUGAGAUAUAUGCAAUGCUCAUUUCCACCACAUUUGAAUUACUUUUUAAACACUUACACUAAAAUCUCAAUGCAACCCAUUUUUGAUUAUUUAUAAAUAGAUUAACUAUUACAUAAAUUAAAUGGAGAAAAUACAUCAAAUUAAGAAACCAAUAAGUUACAAGAAGACAAGAACAUAAUUUUCAAUUAAUCAUAUUUGCUCAAUGCCAAAAGUUGUUAUUUUUCCAUUUUUUCAUCUGCAUUAACUUACAUUAUUUAUUGCGAAUUAACAUCUGAAAGCUUAUAAAAUUUAAUUAAUAAACUCUUUUAAAAAUUCAAAUAAAAUAUUAAAAUCUUAAAAUUACUAUCAAUAUUUUAACGAAAGAUACAAAAAAAGUGUAUAAUACAAAAAAGAGAAUACUUUUCUAAUGGAAUAUUUAAAGUUUAUUUUGCUAUUCUCCAUUAAUUUAUGUUUAGCUCAAUUUUAUAGUUUCCAAACUACCAAUUUGAUUCAUUAUUUUCAAUUUUUAACAGUAUUAAUUCUAUUUUUGGAUUAAUGUUGAUUUUAAUAUCUAAUUUAUCGUUACUUUAAAUUACUACAGCUAAAAUAAAAGAUAUAUGCAAGUGGAAAUAUUUUUAUAUUGAGACUAAUACUGGAUUUUGGGCAGCUUAAUUUAAAGCAUUUUAAAUUUACAGAAUCUUGUGUUAUAUAUUUAUUAUCGUAAAAUUAAGAGACUAUCCUGAAGCCCAAUCAAUCCUGCUUUCAAUCCAAUCAUUGUUGUUCUUAAUAUACAUGAUCAAGUUUAAGCCAUUGAAAUCAUUAUUUGAACUUUCCAAGCUCAUAUGUAGAGAAUUUUUAUUAACGAUUAUUUCAGGAACAUUUUUAGCAUAUAGUUUUGAAUUGAGUUAAGAUAAUUUUAUCCUGAUUGGUUGGAUUCACAUUAGCAUGUUUUCUACUAUUAUGGCUUCUAAUUUGUUUAUAGAUUUGUUUUCAUAAUUCAAGAGAAUAUAUGAUAAUUAUAAAUAAAAGAAAAUUAAGCAGAAAAUUUAAGAGGAAAGAGAAUAUCAAUUCAAACAUUUAUAGGGGUUUUCAAUUAAUAAGAAUGAUUAUUAAUAGAACGAGUAGUUUCUGUAAAAGCAAUGA